AUGGCUAAGCAUCACAUUGCUGGGGUGGCUAUAUUUGUAUUAAUCGCUGGUGUAGUGCUAUUCGUUCUAAGAGGGAGAUGGUUACCACAAGUCAGCGAUUGGUGGAGCAGAAGAUCUGUCCGACUAAGUGGCUACUCGACGCUCAACUCCUUCAGAAGAGAUAUAGAAGCAGGUCUCAACUCAGAACACUUCAAUAUAGCUCAUGAUAAUGCGAAUGAUUCGAGAAAGGGGCUAGAUGAGGAAGGGAGAGAGGCCAUUCUGAGAAUAAUGAAGGCUCAAAACAUCUCGUUUGAUGAGGCACGGUUACAAUACACCAAGUCCAAGUUCUCUGAUAAUCAGAUUGGGGAAGAUGGAAUGCCACUGGACCCUAAGGCUAUAACGUUUAGUAAACUACGUGGCGAGACUUCCUAG